AACUGCCGCGUAUUAUGGCGUGUAAUCAAUUUCUACUUCAUUUUAUUUAAUAAUAUGAGUAUCAAAAACAAAACAAUAAAAUUUCUUGCGCGUUCUUUUGCGUGAUCAGCUGUGAGCGGCGAGGCGUCCCCGACCGGGUUAUCAGAAGACUAGUAGGUAUUUUGUUUUUGUUCCCUGUUCCUGUGUAUUCGAGGCAAAUCGCUAAAUCUAUUAAAGUCAUACGUUCAGGAUAGGCAACAUAAAGUAGGUACAAGUGUAUAAUCACUAGGUGUUUCUGUGCUAGAAGGUCUAUGGGCCUACCGCAGGGUUCAAUACUAGGUCCAUUCCUAUUUUUGGCAUAUUAUAUGUAUAAAUGGCUUGCCCCAUUUAUUUCAGAAUGAACCGCAUGUGGUAUUGUUCGCUGACGACAUAUCGAUCGGUUUUUUUAAAAUAGACGAACAAAUAAUUAUUUAUUAUUUAGGCACAAUUGGAUUUAAUAAAUAACUUAGUGCGAAAUGAUAAAAAGACAAAAUAUUAUAUUAGAUUUAUUUAGCAAAACGGUAAAACUAACAAAUGAUCAGAACAAACGCUGCACGAUUUGAAGGACGAGAGGGUGAGCUCUAGAUACCUACUUAAUUCCUACUUUUACAGUUUAGACUCAGAUGGCACACCAGAACUCAGAUUCCGUUCGUGGCCCUAGACAUGUCCUGGAAAUGAUCACUUUGGAUCUGGCAACCCUACAUACAUUACAUCUCUAGCGGGACUAUUAAGCUCUAAGCGACAUUUAACACCGACAUAGGCGCAGCAAGACCAGUGGACUUCAAUUACUGCCAUAAUAUCAUGUCGAAUGGCAUUUUACUGUGGAGCAGUAACGGAACAAUGUGUUGGUGUUGCGGGUGUCCAUGGGCGGCACCGCGGCGCUGAUCGCUUACUAUCAGGUGACUCGUAUGCUCGUUUGUCGCAUAUUCCAUAAAAUAAACAUAACUAAGAAUUGUAUUGUGAAUCUGAUUAAAAUAGAGUAACCUAUGGAGUUUCUUGCUCGUUCUUUUCUAUAGGAAUCUACACUUUGGAACAAGCAAAUAGCUUCACUAGAGGGCUGGCUGACAAACAGACAUUUAUAAUAUUAUAAUAUUUGCUUUGACGUUCAAAAGUGCCUUACUGGUCUAAAGGAAAUAAAUGAUUUUGACUUGGACGUUGACCAUACGUUCGGUAGCACGGCAGGCAGCGGCAACAGUGCGGCAACGGUCUCGUGUCGAGCAUUCAAGCAAGGGACCGAUGGUCCGACACAUAACUAGGACCAAAGGGACUUUCUUGCUAAGUUUAUUUAUACACUACUGACAUGAAGUAAAGGAAAAUGUCGUGCGGAAACCUGAACUUUAAUUUGAAAUUACACGUUAGAAAUCGCCAAUCCGCAAGCUUGAUAAUAAUGAAUGCUCAUUCCUUCUCCCUCCGUGUGAGAAUAGGCCUUUGUUCAGAAGUGGGACAGUUACAGGCUGAUGAUGAUGACGAUGUGCCAAGAACGGAAUAAACCACAGCGCUUGCUUUGUCACAGCACCCACCGUCGCAGUUUGCUCCAAUAACAUUGUUAAUGAGAUCCAUAGUUGUUUAUCGAAGUUGCAUAAUUGCUUAUAAUAAUAAAUCAUUAAAACAGAGCCGGCGGCAGUUUGGCACCCGAGCCCGGUAGCCGAGCCGGCGGCGGGCGCGAGCUCUCGAUCGUUACGGCGGCGGUAGUGGCCGGCCGGAGCCGUGGGCCCGGGAGCCGGCCCGUCUGGCGCGGCGGCGCAUGCGCGGCCCGAGCUGGCCGCCCGCCGCCGCGAGUGCCGGCCGCGCGCCGCACUCCGCGCCGGAGCGCCGCCGCUGCCGCCGUGUCGGACGCGCUGCCGCCUGUGGCGCUCUCGUCGGCUCGAGCUACGCGCGCGGCGCGACUCUCACAACACGGAAAUGAAGCUCCUGCGAUGUGUGCACUUCACUCUCUAACUUCCACAUUGCACAUUGGACUCACAUUGUCGAGUGUUACGUAUGUUUGUCGUCAGUGAUAUAAACUAAAUCAGUGUCAGUGCUGUACGGGGCGACUGGCGAGGUGUCGUUUGAUCCUGUGCAGCCAGCCGAGCGAUCCAGCGGAGCGAGCGAGCGCUCGGCGGUGGCCGCAUGGCGGACGUCACGUGAGGGCGCGCCAUGCGAGCGCUCCUGCCGCUACUGGCCGCCCUCUCCACCACCGCGGCUGCGAGCACUCCGCCCCCCGCGCCCCCACCGCCGUUCGCGCUGUUGCUUCGAGCUGCCUGCCACGCGCCACUCCGCGCCGCCUUCGACGAGACUCGAUUAUUGGACUAUGAACCGGCGCGCUUUCUGUUUUCCCAGUACCGCGUGCGCCUCUUAAGCUAUGAAGAUACCUGCGGACCCGAAUGGAGAGUUUCGAUGACAAAGCAAGCGCUGGCGGCGUUGAGCGAGGGCGGCUCAGUGGUGGGCUCGGGCUGCCUGGGCUCCCACGUGUGCGGCGCGCUAAGCGCGGCGGCGCGUGCGCUGCGGCGGCCGGUGGGGGCGCGCUGCGUGGGCGCGGAGGCGCGCGGCGCGGCGGUGGCGCGGCUUGCGGCGCGCCUGCGCUGGCGGCUGGCGCUAGUGCCGCCGGCGGCGCCCGCGUCCGAGUGCGAGGCCGCGCUGUCGGAGGUGGCGCGCGCGCUGGCCGUCGCCGGCCUCGCUGUGCGCCGUUCCAAACUGUCACCAGAAGAACUAGAGCGUCAUCCCGAUGUUGUAAUCCUAUGUACCGAUCGUGGUACUGAGACGGUGGCGGCAGCUGCAGCGGUUCACGGAGAAGGAGGAGCAGGACCCGCGGCACUGUUGGUGCACGUGGAGGAGUGUGACAGCGCAUCGCCUUCUGUCACCGAGACGUCUCGCACUUCGAUGGACGUUAAUAAUGCGACGCAAAUAAGCAAUAUCACUUUAGUUUUAAGCAAAUUAUUAAAAUUGAGAAGUAAAAGACAUUCGCAGUCCGAAGAGAUAACGAUGAACGAUUUCAAUACAAAUCUGUCUUCAAAUAAGAUAGAGGAAAUGUCAGCAGAAACAAGAUUCCUCAAUCAGCAACCAGUGAUACAGUAUACAGGUCAUCAUAAAAUCAAUUCUGAUUCCGUCCAGCUAAGAUCGAAAAAAAAUGAAGAUAAGGCUUUAAUCGAACAACAUGUGGUGGAAAGUAAACAUGCAGUUUCUGAGAUCGAGCUUGAAAACUGGCAGCGUGAGUCCACAGGGUCCACAAGGGAGCCCGAUUCGGACCUCAACUCGGAUCAUUUGCCUCAAAUAGAAAUCUCAUUCUUUCGACGCUUGCUGCUACUUACAGAUGACCAGUUAACAAAACACUCAUAUUCGGAUGAAACAAUGGUUUAUGAUGAAAUACUCAAGGCCAUUGAAAUUGAAUCGAUAGCCGGAAAAGCUCUAAAAGAAACCUUUAAUAUAAAUUUUCAUUUGUAUGAAAAGCAGGACAAAACAUCUUCACAUUGGACUCAUGCAGCUGUGCUAGCCACUACGAUGUCUCGGUCCCUAGAGCUGUCUGACGAGCAAGCAAUCUCCGUGCAACUUGUGAACGUGACUGUGGCCCUGGACAGCUGGAGCUCGACGGGGGCUGCGGGGGCCGCGGGGGCAGCGGGGGCGGGCCGUGAGCCCACCGGCGCCGCGGCGCUGUCGGCCGUGGCGGCCUGUGGCGCGUUGGCCCUGGCUGCCAGUACUGCGCUAUUAUUGCGCUGGGUAGCUACUCGCCGCCGCCGCAGGCGCCGACGCCGGGACGCCGUACUUACUCCCUCCGACUUUAGCUUUCCGGUGGACGAGCGGAGGCGUGUGGGUGAGGGAAUGGAGACCAUGCUUUCGUGUUGGCUGCAGCAGUUACACGAGUUUGGUGGCCCCGAGCUCGAGCGCCCCGACCUACUCAAGCAACCGCCUUGCGUCGCGCCUCGUGCGCCUUCCGCACCUUCGUCUACGUGCAGCGUCAACCGCGUUGCCGUCGACCGUCGCAUACGAUACAAGGGGGACGUGGUGCACGUCAAGUACCUACCGGCGACAGCGGGACUGGAACUCAAACGAAAGGCGACGGACGUGUUGCUCGUGAUGCAGAAUCUGCGUCACGAAAACCUAAAUCCUUUCAUUGGGUGCUUGUGUGACCUGCGACCGGCUCUAGUAUUCGACCAGUGCGGGCGCGGCUCGCUAGAGGACGUGCUGGUGGCGGACGACAUCAAGCUGGACUGGACGUUCCGCCUGUCGCUGCUCACGGACCUGGUGAAGGGGAUGCGCUACCUGCACGCGUCCCCGCUGCGCCUGCACGGCCGCCUCACGUCGCGCAACUGCGUGGUGGACUCGCGCUGGGUGCUGCGCGUCACGGACUACGGCCUGCCCGCCUUCUUCCACGCGCAGGCGCUGCCGCAGCCGCACCGCUCCGCGCGAGAUCUUCUUUGGACGGCCCCGGAGCUCCUGCGCGAGAGCAACGGCGCGGGGCGCGGCUCCCAGCCCGGCGACGUGUUCGCAUUCGCCAUCAUCAUGCAGGAGGUCAUCGUGCGCGGCGAGCCGUACUGCAUGCUGGCCCUCACGCCCGAAGAGAUCGUGGAGAAGGUGUCCCGGCCGCCGCCGCUGAUCCGGCCCUCCGUGUCCAUGGGCGCGGCGCCGCCGGACGCCGUCAGCGUCAUGCGCCAGUGCUGGAGCGAGGCGCCCGACCUGCGGCCUGACUUCCAUCGCCUGCACGACAUCUUUCGACACCUGCAUCGCGGCAGAAAGAUUAACAUAGUCGAUUCCAUGUUUGAAAUGUUGGAAAAAUAUAGUAAUAAUCUAGAAGAACUCAUUAAGGAACGGACCGAGCAGCUCGAUAUGGAGAAGAAGAAGACCGAGCAAUUACUAAAUAGGAUGCUACCCAAGUCGGUGGCGGAGCGCCUGCUGCUGGGGUCGCGCGUGGAGCCGGAGGAGUUCUCCGAGGUGUCCAUCUACUUCAGCGACAUCGUGGGCUUCACGGCGCUGGCGGCGCGCUCCACGCCCGUGCAGGUGGUGGACUUGCUCAACGACCUCUACACCACCUUCGACGCCGCCAUCGAACAGUACCGCGUCUACAAGGUGGAGACCAUCGGCGACGCGUACAUGGUGGUGGGCGGGCUGCCCGUGCGCACGCGCGACCACGCGGAGGCCGUGGCCACCAUGGCGCUGCACCUGCUGCACCUGGCCGGCCGCUUCCGCCUGCGGCACCUGCCCGACACGCCGCUGCACCUGCGCAUCGGCCUGCACACCGGCCCGUGCUGCGCCGCCGUCGUCGGCCUCACCAUGCCGCGCUACUGCCUCUUCGGCGACACCGUCAACACGGCCUCGCGCAUGGAAUCCACCGGCGCGGCGUGGCGCAUCCAGGUGUCGGCCACGACGGCGGAGCGCCUGGCGGCGGCCGGCGGGUACCGGCUGCGCUCGCGGGGACUCACCAUGAUCAAGGGCAAGGGCGCCAUGCACACGUACUGGCUGCUGGGCAAGGACGGGUUCGACAAGCCGCUGCCCACACCGCCGCCCCUGCAGUCUGAAGAAGUACUGUUUGAAGUAGACGGAGAAAAUGAAUGCGAGUCUCCCGCACCGGAUAACUCGCCACCGGCAGCGGCGCGGGCCGGCGUCGAGCGGCAGCGGUCCGACCCCACCGGCACUCCGGACAGGCAAGCGUGGACGCGCUCGGGCGCGCAGUCGGCCGACGGCAGCCCGCCGCCCGCGCCGCCCGCCGCCGCCCCCGCCACGCCGCCCGCCGCGCCGCCCGCCCCCGCCGCGCCCGUCGCCACCGCCACCCCCGCCGCCGACCACAGCGUGCAAUACUCUCGCUAUAGGUGCUUAGGAAAUGGGCGUCGUCCACUGCGGCGGCAGUGGUCGCUGGAGCGCGGCGACUCGCUGGCGGCGGCGGCGGCGGCGGCCCCCGGGCGGGGCGCCAGCUCGGCGCCGCCGUCGCCGCCCGAGCCGCUGGCGCUGCUGGCGCCGGCGGCGGCGCGCCCGCCCGCGCCCCGCUACCGCACGCGGCCGGAGCCCGACGGCACUCCGGCUCCGUUGUAGUCGCCGCUGCCUGUCGCUAGAUCGACAAUAAUUUUCGUAGACGAAACUUCUUCGCUCCGCUGGGCCGCUGUAGCGUGAGAGCGGCUCGAGAUGGUGCCUGUCAAUAUACAUUUUUAUGAUAGCAUAUAGGGUUUUCAAUUGUAAUUAAUUGCGAACGCACGGUGUAUUUUUGAAUUUUUUCGAGAAUCUAAUAAAUAAAUAAUUUAUUC